UAGCCUACUUGUGUUCUUAAUGUCGUGAGCGCUGAGUGUAUCAUGUAAUGUCUGUUUUUAUCCAAACAAAGACGACACAAUUUCAAUAGUGCUUUCAUCAUAAUUGAGGUUUGCUGGUAUAAAGCACGUAUUAUCCACAUCCAUUUGAUAAAUUACAUCACUGAAAAGAAUCACAUUUAAAUGUUUAUUCAUGUUGCAAGAAUUUAAUAAGAAGGUGUUUUGCUUUGGGUUUUUUUCUUGUGAAUCUUUCAGAAGCGUCUCCCCUUUCAGCUGGCUCAAGUCCUAGAAGUGGACAAACAAGCGCUGGAUAAUUAGCCGGACCGUGAUCGCUCAUGCAAGAAGUGAUCAGCUUUCCAAUAUCUCAGUGGACGAGGAAUCUAAUCCGCUCUUCCCGCACGACAUCUCUUCCUUCUGGCUGGACAAUGCGCAAAUCUCACGCGUGCUCAUCGUGUAGUGUCCCCGCAUGGAGGAUGAGGAGGAUGAUGUGUUUGAGCCAGACCCCCACUGCUGGCGCACCACAUUCAAGGAGAUAAAGUGUGAGGAGCGGGCUACGCAGACACCCGGCCCUAUCCUGGCAUCCAACAACGGCAUGCUGCCCUGUGGAGUCGCCGAGGAGCCAAGACCACUCUUCUACGGUAACGCAGGUUUUCGAUUGCACUUCCCGGCUCACUUUGAAAUUGUUGGCGAUCAAGAGGAGAGACUGCAAGAAAGCGAAAACGGAAUGGAGGAGCAGCACCAUCAGCAGCAGCAGCAGCAGCAGCAGCAACCCGUGGCACACCACAUCGAGGCCUGCAUCGGUCGGAAACUCCAGCUGAUCGGAGACCAGUUUCAUCGGGAACACUUACAGCUGUAUCAUCGAAACCAAAGGAUCCGGGGACUGCUGUGGUGGCGUCUGGCCACAGCCGUGCUCGGUCUGCUAUUUGACAGGGGCUUCUUGGCCGGACGAGGUGGAGCAAGACGGAGGUGAGACAGUCUUGCCCUCGUGUCUGUUUUAAUCAUCUCCACGAGGAACUGGACUCCCGAUGGCACUGUCAAAUCUAACACGGGUCUGUUUGCGGGGAGUGGUGGCACAGUUGAGGUGUGGAAGGGUUUCAAAAGGUCACCGCAGGACGGAGACAAGCAACUUUUAUACAAGGGUUUUUCUUUUCAAGAAGAUGCCAUGAUGCCCAGAGAUUCCUCCACAGGACAAUGUUCAUAUUUUGCUAUAAGUGUGGUGUUGUAGUUUUGUACAGUACAAUUAGUUCCAUUUUUUUUGCACUUCACAAUGUAUCCAUUUUUGAUGACCUCCACAGACCCUGGGAAUGCCUUAUUCAAUGUUUUCUGCCAUAAAGAGUAUUGAAAUAAUUUUAGACGAUGGUUAGAAAACAAAAAGGACAUGUGGUGUUUUUGUUUUUUUCUUUUCAAACCUUUGUGAAGAUUUUCCAGGUAACCACUCAAGUUGAUUUCUAAUUUCCAAAGAGGCAAUUUCUCAGAAAAAAGCAUUUUGCACCUCACUUAAUGGUUACAUUGCUGUUCUUUAAUAUGUUUUUACCUUGUCAUUUCCUUCAUUUGCUGUAACAACGGUAACAGACUGUUUCUGACUGCUCACCAAGACAAAUAUUUAGUUCAACUACAUACAUGUUACAUAUGGUAUCAGAGGCGGAGUUUGCAGAAAUUCAUAUUACUCACUCCUCAAACAAACCUCUGCAAAGGGAAACUAUUCGGACCGCAAGGAAUACAGAUUCCUGGCUCCAUUUUUGUAGCCAGCGCAAGUCUGGUGGACAUUUACGCAGAAGCGGGCUAGACCAUGUUUUGGUAUUUUGAUCCAGUGGCCAAUCCAAGUGUCUCCUCUCAUUCCUUUUAAAAUCAGCAUGCCCAUAGUCCUUGACAGUAGCAGAAAAUGAUGAGUGCAUUUGUAAGGAAUUGAAAGCAGACCUCCACAGCCAGAUGAUCUAAAGUUGGCUAAUAAUAAUUGACUGCAAUUGUGAUUCAGAGGACUCAAAGCAUGCCAUUGUCAUAUUUUAAGAGCAGCCGUGGCUCAGAGGUAGAGCAGUCAUCCGCUUUUUGAUUCCUGCUCUGUUUGAGUCAUGUGUCUUUGCAUCCUUGUGCAAAACAUUUCACCCACGUUGCCUCCAGUGCCACUCGUACUGGUGUGUGACUUGGGUGUGUGUUUUGGUGGUGGUCGGAGAGGCCUUAGGCGCGCACUUGCAGCCACGCCCCCGUCAGCCUACCACACUGCAGCUGUGGCUACAGAAUGUAGUUAAAACCACCACUAAAGUGUGAAUGUGAGAGUAUGAAUAAUGAAUUCAUUGUGAGUACUUUGAGUGUUGUGUUACAGUGAAAGCGACAUAUAAAUUUAGAUGCAAUAUUUUUAUUGAUCAAAUUCCCCAAAAUUGAUAGAGAGACACAUUUGGCGUGCCGUCGACUUGUGUGGUGGAUGUCAUCUAUUUCAUUCAUAAAUAUGACAAUAACGUGGGACAAUCGCUCUGAAUCAUUGGAGGAAUCAAUUUAUUGAACAGAUUAGAGCUAUUAUCCUUUUAACAGCACCGCCCUGACUGCAUGACAGAACUAUUUGGAGACAACACAGUCCCCAAUUGCCCAUUGCUGACUACAUCAUCCGCAAGGGCAGAUCUUGCAGCUUACGUGCCAAUGUCAUGCACAGACCUGCGAGUCUAGUUCUGUUUUCAAAAUGUCAAGCCGGCAUGCAAUGCGACCUCCCUGAUCGUAAUGCAAAUGAGGGACGCCACCUGCGUAUUGCAAAAUAGCAAAAGAAAGAAAAUGCCACCCAUGCACACGAGACUUGCGCUAAGCACAAAAUUAGGGUUCCGUGAUUCUAUCAAGAGUCUUACACUGUGAGGAGACAAGUAUUGCCACAAACAGUACUGCUUUUUUAUUAUUGGGGCGUCUGGAUAGACUUAUUAGGUUACCCUGAAUUUUAAUUCUCCACGUUACUAUGCUUCCAAAGUUUGUGAAGGCCCUUAUCUGUUCCAGCAAAACUUUGCGAUGAAUUCAAGCACAACUCUUGUACAUCGGCAACCUUUGACCUCCCAGACACAAUCCAAAAAGUCUUCCUAGAAAAGUGACACAUCUUCCUCAUUUGGUGCAGUCCAUCUGUCCCAAUACUUUUGUCAAGCCAUCUGCUGUGAUACUGUCCAGUGACAGACACACAAUAUUAGUGCUCUAAAUUGUUGUAAAGAAUAUUUUUUAGAAAGUGCACUAAAGGACAACUUUAUUCAAGCCAAUUGCGUAUUUAGUAAGAUACGCUUUCAUUCUGUGUUUUUGUUUUGUUUUUUUGUUCUGUUCUAUCCGUGUAAUUUGCAGACCUCCAUGCCCUUGAAGUGGAGCUGUGGAUCCACUGUUUUUGCACUAGCACACCCUUUAAGACUUCCACUUGUUACCUAACCAACCCUCGUCUUAUAUGAAGGUUUUCACUUAGUCAUUGGCCACAACAUCCCAUUUUUCAAUUUAUAUUACGACCUGGCUGGUCACAGUUUGGGAUCUGAGUUGGAAAGAAAAUGGCUUUGGCCCUGUCCGGCCACAGCUUUCCGUGUUGUUUUCCACACCAAACAGUCCACGGGUGAAACCGAAUCCUUUCAGGCAACUCUCAUGGGAUUUACACCCGCUUUUUAUUAUGAGGAGUAACCCUUGUAUUGUCUUUGGUGCUCAGAUCCAGAUGUGAGGCAGUUUUAUCCCCCCCCCCCCCACCAUCAUUCACUAUGCGAACUAAAGACUGUAGUUACUUUCUAUUCUUAACACUGUUGAAGAUUUGUGUGAUUUUAUUUUAUUUUUUCAUUGGUGAACACAAGCCAACUUUUGGACCCAGGGAGCAUUUCCAUGUCAGGGGUCUGUAAUGACUUGCUCCUAACAAUGUGUCAAGUUGAUCACUGCGUCAUUAUUAGAUAUUUCCUCUUGUAAUCAACAUAUCUCAGGGACAAGGCUUUGUGGGCCACUGGUGACCUUGAGAAUCACUUACAUGGUCAGAGGAAGAGCAGUGUUGCCACCCAUGACGAAACCUCGCCUCGUGUCCUUUUUUUUUUUUUUUUUUCGUCCCGAUUUGUCCACACUAAGGUACAUUUUGACUAAGGAGUCAGAGGCUGAUUUUUGGUCAGUAGUUGGUGACGGGGGCUACCGAGCGUGUAGUUGGGAGGCGUGUGACGUGCACUGAAUGUUGUUGUAGUUUCCUGCAGAUCCUCAAUGCUGAGCCAGUCUAUGGAGCUCCCCGUCCCACCACUGACCCUUUAAGUCCUCUUUGUACUGCUCCUUUAAGACACACCUAUUGUAAUUUAUUUUUUCUUAUUAUUUAUUUUCUUUGAUUUUGUAUAUUUGCCCAUUUCUACUGUAUACACAUAUGUGUGAUCGCUUCUUGUGAGCCUUUGACUCAUUUCAAGUUGUGAUCGUUGUUGUCUGUCAUGAAGAGCAGCAGUUUAAAAUUAGCUUUUGUACAAAAUGGAUGGCAGCAAGUUUAUAAUCCACUCUGUCACUGCUGCACCAAAAAUCAAUUUCCAUUAGAAGCGGAAUCGAUUCAAGUUGAUUCGAUUAUACUUCUUGCCUUUCAACUUUAAUAUUCUCCUCAUCCUUUGCCUUAUUGAUGAUAGCAGCUACUGCUCUUCUUUGGGACAACAGCUACAAAAUUCAUCCAAUCGCCUUUCAAUCCAGGGGAGCCCGUUUGAUCCACGAAAAAAAUAGAUCAAGGGUGGAGUAUUAAAAGCUUGUGAUUUUCUUGGGAUGGGCGCCACCGGUUCAGACAUUUUUCAUUACCGCUCAAUUCAGUCUUGAACAGAUUCUCCAUGUGUGGUUUAAGCAAAGCAGCAUCUUCAAUGUAGUUAUUAAUUUGUAUAAUAAUUAUAACGGCAACAUGUCUUUUCCCUUCUAAUUAAUGAAAGGUCAAAUGAUAGAUUAGUGGGGGGAAAGCUUCAGAAGAGUUACAUUCAUGUCCCUUUAAGACACAGGGUGUUGGUUUAUGUGUUUGAUUCCCGAAAUCUUGAUCAAUGUGUUGUAAUCAACAUGCACUGGAAAGUACUUUGCUUCUGUAGAUCCCAUGGGUCCCUUAUGUGUUUGUUGUGUGUUCAUAUAUGAUGUACAGUAUACUUUGGAUUGUUUAUGUGGCAUCACAUUGGCCCAAGGUGGCUCACACCUUUUGAUUUAUUGGAAAGGGAAACAAUCUGCCAUGGUGCCCCGCAUGUGUUUUGUUACAAUGACGUUCCCGCGCUGCACUCGUUCUGUUGUGUACACAUCAAGAGUGGCGCGUCCCUCGUGUGCAUUGGGGGGUGCAUUGUAUUUUACGGAAACCGUCAGUGUCUUUGAAUUUUGUAGUCCACUUUAUAUAAAUUUGAAGUUUUUGAUUUUUUUUUUUUAAUGAUAAGAUUCCUUCUUCACGUUCUUUCUUAACUUUUUUUAAAAUGUAUUUUCUUAACAGAAAAUGGUCUGUUUUUAUAAAGAUUUGAUUUUUAAAGCGUAGGAUCCUUGCGACUUUGUGAUAUCAUGGGCAUUUUUGUUUUUCUUUUCCAACAUUCCUUGCACAGCUCUUUGCAGCGUGUAAAGCAAACCAAAACAAUUCACUGUUGUUAAUUUUGUGUGUUCCAUUGCUCUUCUUUACAGACCCGAUCAAGUGUACAUUUAUUUGUAAAACCCUGGAAUAUGCCUUUAACUGCUCAGUUUCAAAUGAAGUCUUGAUUAUCACACACUCUCUGUAUACCAAGAAAGGAGACCCAGCGAAAAUGUAGCAUUUUUGUAAACAUUGACUGUGUGUUUUCGAGACUCUACUGUGCAUUCAUUUUGUGUUGAUAUGUAAUUUGGGGUUGUUCAUAUAUUAUGGAAGUAAAGACAAUGUGUUAUGUAGUGCAAUAUGCUGUACAUAUGGAGCUUUGCUCUGCAAAUCUUUUUUUUCCUGGAUUUCCUGUUGUUUAUUGGUACUUUUUUUUCAAUAAAACUUUAUUGAACGUG